GUCCAGUAUCAUGCCGGGAAGAAGAAGGAGGGGAACUCCCCCCGUGUUGAGGGACUUCUCAAGGACCUGGAGAGGGAUGUUCAGAGAAGGGAGAGAUUUCUCAGGGAAUGUGGUAGGAUGGUCCGAGUGCACCCUGAGCUAGAGGGUGAGGUUAGCUGGCGACUGGAGCAUGUUAUCAGUAAAUGGGAUAUGCUAACUAAUCUUAGAACAAAAACUAGAAAGAACGAAUCUGAUCUGCCAGAUAUAUACUCAGAUAUCGAGCUGGAGGUGAGGUGCUUGAGAAAGUGGUUGAAGGAGAUGGAGGUGAGGAUCAACCCUGUCCAAUUCAACAAGGCGGAGGAGUGGAACACCAGGGACAGGGAGAGGAAGAUGGCAGAGUACCAGGUACUACAGACGGAUAUAGAAUCCCAUGGUCGCAUAGUAAAGUUGGUUCUGGGUCUCUGUGAAGAUCUCUCUUCAAAUCCUGAUCUUAUUGCAAGUGCUGCUGGGGGAGUGGGAGAAGGUGCUGGAGGAGAUUUCCUUGAAUUAUCUUCAUCAUCAACAGAUUUAUCAGAUACAUAA